AUGGAUGACUCUGAUCGGGCAAAGUACCCUGACCUCGACGACGUUGGGUCGAACGUAUCAUUGGACUCAGCAGCAGAUGUUGACCAUCCAGACGCUGUUUUCACCAACCAGGAACAAGAUGGGCAGCCAGACGAUCGACUUAACUUGAGCAAAGAGCUCACAAAGACUUUGACUCUUCCUCCCUUAGCGGACAACGAUCCGUUUUACGAUAGAUUCACUAACGGUCAGAAACGGAUCUUUGUUUCUAUCGUGGCAUUCACCUGUUUUUUAUCACCGAUAUCGAAUUUAGCUUUUGCACCUGCAAUCCCAGAAGUUGCAAGCUCGCUAAGAUCAACUUCCCAAACAAUCAACGUUUCCAACGCUGUGUAUAAUGUGUUCAUGGGCAUCUCUCCGAUGAUGCUUUCUCCGUUGGCUUCGAUUUACGGAAAGAAGCCGAUCAUGAUACUGAGUGCAGGUGGCUACACAAUUACUUCUAUUCUUACAGCCGUUUCGCAGAAUUUGGCCAUGUUCUUCAUUUUUAGAGCUUUGAACGCAUUUUUUGGAACAUGCUGCUUCAGUGUUGGUGGAUCCAUCGUGGGAGACAUCAAGGUUCCUAAAGAACGUGGUCGGGCAAUGAGCUGGGUGUUGCUAGGAACACAACUUGGACCAACUAUUGGCCCGGUUUUGGGUGGAAUCAUCAUCACUUACACCAAUUGGAGAGUAAUUUUCUGGGCAGUUACAGGUUUGGGUGCUUUGGACUUGCUACUUAUAAUCUUCUUUUUAAAGGAAACCAGCAGAGUUGUGGUGGCUCAAGAAAUUCGCAAAAAAACUGGGAAAAGAUUUGUGUUUGUGAGCUACAAUCCGUUCCGGGUCAUCUGGGCGUUCAAGUACCUCAACCUGAUCCUGGCCGGGAUCAUGAGUACGUCCAUUCUGUUCAGUUUCUACGGGCUACUGACUCCAAUUAGACACGUGAUCAACCCUCGAUUCAAUCUUAAUAGCCCGGUGCUAGGUUCUCUUUUCUAUCUUGCUCCCGGAGUCGGAUUGGUUCUGGGAGGACCACUGGGCGGCCGGUACGCAGAUCAUAUGGUGAAGAAAUGGAUAAUCAAGCGCGACGGCGAAAGAGUCUCCGAGGACCGACUGCGGAGCAUCUUGUGGUCCAUUGGAUUUCUUAUGCCUGCUUCCAUGCUUGUGUACGGCUGGUCGUUGGAAAAACGUAAGGGAGGAAUGGCGUUGCCGAUCAUAUCGAUGUUCUGCUACGCUAUUGGUCAAACUAUUGCAUUCCCUUCCAUGAACUCUUACUGUGUGGACUGUCUCCCAUCGCUGAAAGGAGACGCUAUUGCGUCGAACUACUUUGCCCGAUACAUCGUGGGUGGAUGUGUCGCUUCCGCUACUUGUCUGGUUCAGAUCAACAACAUCGGGAUCGGCUGGACAAGUACAAUCAGCUGUUUUGUCUUGCUGUUUGGGUUCAUGAAUUGUGUGUUCCUGAUACACUUUGGAGCUCCACUCCGUCUUAAGGCUCUGGAAAAGAUUGAAAGAAAAAAACAGGCCCAGAAAGAAACUAAAAACUAG